AUGACAACGAGAACGCACGAUAGGGGUAGUGCGGGGCAAAUUUUGCGCUUAGUGGGAGACAGCACGCUAAUUCAAAUAGAGGCAGCAGUUGCCGGAGUGAGGCGUGCGAAGACAGGAGUCAGAUCUUCUAUACCUCUUAUACCUGUUGCCAAGAAGCAGUUAUCACAAGAAAAUGGACUAGCUGACUGUACAGACGAUGCAGACACGCAGGAACGAGCUGAUGAGGUCUCAACUGACGGUCAAUUAUUGUCGUUAAUGGAUCAUAAACGAAUAACAAGACUACAAGCUGGUCUGGAUAUUCUCAGCAAUGCCUAUGAUGCAUCGGAUAAAACAGAGGCGCUCUCGGAUCAUAAUUUGGUCUACGUGGUGGCUGGGGCUGCAAUGAAAAAGUCGAUGCAAGAUUGUACAGCUUCUAGUCGGAAUUGCUGUAUAUGGGGGGCACAUGCGGGGAAAUAUCAUGUCUUGCUUGAUUGGAUGAUGAGUCGUGAGCUCGUAAUGAACCAAAAAUCAUUGGUCAGCUGUGAUUAUGUGCAUCAGCUACUGCUAGAAUGGAUUCAGCCGACGGCAGAAAAGCAGGAUCAAUUAGCCUCAUGUUUGACGCUUUUUGAAUUGCUUCGACGACGUCGUCUUAGGCUCAUGUGUCAAGUAGAACGAAAUGAGGUUUUGCCUUUAUCGGAUAUUCGAGUCGAUGCGUAUGUCGAUGCACUGCAUAGAAUUGUACAUCGAGGCACUUCUCUAAGUGCCGGCUCGCAUCGUAUCAAACUUUCAAAGCUUGGGUUGAUCGCUUUGGAAACACUUGGGAUGCUUUGUGGAGACGUCGCAAUGCAGCAUCUAAUUUAUUGUGAAUCAGCAAAGGUGCACACUUUCGUGGAAUACAAAUUGAUGCACAAAAUAGUGAAAAGCAUGCAAUUUUCUCUUGACAUACUUCGACGGUGGCAUUCGCACUCCAUACGUCGACAAUUUCUUAGAUUUGCACUUCAACAUCUGCAAUCAUAUGUGCUGACAUGUGACAUUGUAUUUUCAAGCGUGGAGUGGGCUGAUGGUGACUGCAAAAUUAUAAAUAAUCGAGUAAAUCUGGAUGUGCUAUGCUGGCAUUGGGUGACGACUGUGCCAAUUUUGUGCACGCGUACUCACGCGAUUUCUGCUAAAACAAAGCAUCGAUCGUUUAAAGUUCUAACCCAAAUUCUCAAGUUGUGUAAUUUAAGCUUUAUUAAAUCCAAAGAUAAAUCUGACCAGAACGACGUCAGUAGUAAUCCUGAGAUCGUAUAUUCACAAUCACGCCAUGUGUGCAUUCUUCUGGAUUCAAUGGGUGGUCUACGAGGAUGUCUCCAGGCAUUCGAGAAUAUUUCUCAAGAAGCUAAAGCAGAUUUUGUGUGCUUUUUUGUGCAAAUUUUGGCAACAGCAACGAAAGACGGCAACAUCGCUACAACCCAAUUAAGUGCGAACGUUCUCCGAGUUUUGUUAUUGCCCGAUGAUGUACUAAAAAUUUUUAGCUCAAAAGACGAUGAGCAAGGCUUCCUGUCGCAAUUAAUUCGCUUAAAUGGUGAUUCGCUUCUGGCACGCGGAGAAUCCUGUAGUGAGCUGGAAGCUCAAACAGAACUCGAAUUGUUCAUAAGUGAUUUCAUUAUAUCUCGAGAACUGUUCAUAACUGAAUUGCAAUGGGCGUUAGAUAAAAUUCAAACUUCAAGCCUUACGAGUACAAUUUCGCUCGUGCGUACUUUUUUAUAUCAAUUGGACGGAUUGGCAGCUCAAAUACCGCUGUUUCGAUAUUGGCGGAAACUGCUUACCCAAGGCAUUUUGAAACUUAUCACCCAUCAGAAACAUAAAAUUUACCGGCUGGCGACUUCGAGCUUGCCGACCUUAGACGCUGUACACUGUAUAGCUGGCUUAAUAGCAAUCGGCGUUUACGAAGCUGAUAAUCGCGUUAUAUCAUCCUCGCUAGAAUUCCUAUUGAAAAUUUCGACGCGGUCUUCUCUUGAAACGACUGCGACUUGGUUCAUCGAUGCGUGUCAGUAUAGCAACAUGGAAGUCCAUUUAGGAAUGUAUAAGGCUCUACCAUCGCCUCAUGAUUGGAGUGAAUUCGCUGUUCACCUGUUUGAGCGUUAUAAUAACAAGACUGGUGCAUGCGACGAACAGAACACAGUUCAACACAAGCUACUUUCAUCUUGCCUUCGCUCACCUGGAUGGAGUCACCAUGUCAAUUUAGCACAUGCUCGACAUGAAAUAUUACGUGUCUUGGUGCGCAAAUUUCUUGGUUCGCCUCGUGAUCACGUUAUUUUGCGAAUGCUGCGUGAAGUGAUUGUAUGUAGCUGGGUAAGUCACGAAGAAUUCGACGUGAUGGCGACACAAAUUUGCUCUCAUGUGGCGAAUGCAACGCGCUUGACCGAAGAGCUUCUAAACAGCGAUUCAUCUUCAGCCACGAACGCAAUUAAAGAUCUUCUAUUUGCUCGGUUAGCUCCACUGCUGGUGUUACGAAUGUUUCCUCAGACCUACUAUGAAGCUAAUGGCCUGGAAGAAAUAUCGUGUGGACGGGAGGAUUUGGAUCAUCUCAACAAAUACGUCGAACAUCAUCUACAACUCGAUGGCAGAAAAUUAGAGGCAAUGUCGGGCAACACAACUAAAGUUUUGUUCCAUAUUUUAGCUCGCUCCAUUGUAGAUCCGCUGGAAUUUAAAGAGGUCAAAAUGCUCGCUAUUGAGUGUUUGUCCACGCUCCCAUUUUCACUUGUGCUGCCAUUCGUGCUGUCGUAUGUGGUUGCUUUCUUGCGAGAAAUAAUGCCGUAUUACGUUCAAGAUAACUCGCUUAUUGUCCAAGAAGACAGUGUGCCGAUGUCUUGUGGAUUGGUCACGGCCAAGUUGAUGGUCUAUUAUCUUAAUCGGGUGUUUUCAGGAGGCGAAGUCAUUUACGCAAAUUGUGAGGCUACUUUAAGAGCAAUUGCUUUGUUCAUACAAAUAUUGGCGAUCCCAUUCGAUGAUUUGCCUCUUACCGAUCUCAAACGAGGGAGCAUUGAGUGCAUGGCAUUGAUCCUUUCCAGCCUUGCAGCCAGAAGCAAUGGGCCACAUGAUAGCGAUGCGUGUUCAGGUUGUGCCUCCGCAUUAUUAAAUCUAUUUGUAAUGUGGAUAUUUGGACACCAGAGCAGAGAAGAAGGCUUGAAAAUUAGUGCUGCCAAUGCAAUCAACUUACGAGUCAUAAAUCUGCUUGGUAAAAUGUGGAGUGACGCUCGGCGGGAUCAAUUGCCAAUACAAGCUCGUGUUUGGUGUUGCGAUGUCUUAACUAGUGCAAUAUCACGAUCAGAGCACGGUGUUCUUGCAAGCUGGAAAAAACAUGGAUUAAUGACUCGAAUUGUCUUGGCUACACAAAAAUGCCCUGAAGAAAUUGCUGCUGGUGGCUUCCAGAUAAUCUUGUCAUUUAUGCACAAGGCUAGCAAUCUAUUCUCGACUCAGGACGUCGGCGACAUCUCGUUUGCUCUGAACUGUUUGGAAGCCGCUGCAGUUUGCCUGCAAUCGACUCGAAACGAAAUACUUGCCAGAAAUGGUCUUAAAGUCGUUGAAGUCCUGGGAAAGUUUCGAGUUUUAGCUGAGGCUUUGCAGCCAAGAAAUAUACAGCUGGUUGUCGACAGGUCUCUGGUCAAGGUGCGGGACCAGCGGAUAUCAUUUGAUGUAACAAUGCUUGCUCAAUCAUUACUUGAAGCAAAUGCUAUCUUGCAAUGA